GAUCUUGCCGUACGGUCGAUUACGUGCCCCUCGAAAGCCUUGCUAUGGCAAAGGAAGACAUGUACAAAAACGUGCUUUAUUUACUCAACAUCAUAUACGCUGUGUUCGGUUUAGUGACAGCCGCGACUGGGAUAUGGUUCUUUGUGCAAGUGACCGAGUUCGUCAGUUUGAGGAACACCAACCAUUAUUUGUUGGACUAUAGAGUGUACUGGCCUCAAGUGGCCCCGUGGCUCUUUAUUAUUUUGGGCAUUUUCAUUUUGUGUGUGGCUCUUUGCGGGUGGUGCGGAACACAGAGGGAGAGCCGUGGUCUCCUCGGGAUAUACGCUAUCUUCCUUAUUAUCAUCAUCCUUGGACAAGCCGUCGCAGCUGUUCUCAUCUUCGUGUUCGUCGACGGUGAAUACACCGACACCUUCGUCAAAGACAUUGUUUACGACGGAUACUACAACUCGCAAUCCAACCCUGAUGUGUUCAAAGCCUUCGGAAGGAUCGAACGGAAACUCAAGUGUUGCGGAGCUAAUGACGCUAGAGAUUACAGAAGCUGGAGAAACGACCUGCCUUUGACCUGCUGCUUGGACAGCUACUACAGAGCCACUUGCGAGUUCACGGAUAAGGAAGCCAACGAGAGAUUGGGAUGUGCUAAGGUGGCCGCUGUUUACACUAAGAUCAUCAGUUCAGUAAUCGCCGGAGUGACUCUUCUGAUCGCGCUCUGCGAGAUCGUGAGUCUGAUCCUCGCGUGGAAACUGUUCAACGAGGUAGGGGAAAUAGAACAUUAUAUAACAGAACGAAAGGACGGAGAAACAGAAUGUUAAGCACCAGUAUUCCUACAUCACAACACCGAUUAGCGUCACAAUCCUCCGAUUUCUCGAUUUAUUUGCGCCAUUUACGAUACGAACGCGAACUUCGAUUCGCCUUAGACUAACUUUUCUUUCGCCGCUAAAGUUUCACUGUAGAUCUUCCAAGGCGUUUUAUUGCAUUUGCUUUACUAAAUAAAGUUUCCAUGUUUCCUUGUGCAAAGGAAAACCCCGAAUCUUUAUUUUGCGUCCAGACUCGCUGGAACUUGGAAAUAAGUACGUAAGAUACUUCUAGCUGUAGCUUUUAAGUUGUGCCUUACAUUCCACUGGGUCGCUUCGUCGGGUUCAAUUGGCGUUAAUUUAAUUCGGGAAGAGGAUGAGCCACGCCUAAGGUCAGAGUUCAUAUAAAGACUGCCAUAUCUGGUGAGUGGGCUAAUGUCCUUCUUAACUGAAUGAAUCACAUACCUGCCUGACUCACAUGCCACUCAACUGAAAAGACUUCAUCUUGCUGGCCUCCCACCAAGUGUCGCGUGACGUCUGUAGUUUAAGAUACAUUGCGCGUUGACUUCGCGUCGUGCAAGCGAGUUUGAGCUUGAGCGUCGAUGUAGUAGACCUUAAGAUUUGUUCUCGUAGAUAUUAGAAGGUUGAGAAUGAGAAAAGUGUGGCCUCGAUACAAGUAUGCAGUACCUGAUGGUUUUGACAUCGUGUUAGAGCCACGGUUCUAAGUACACGCAGUGCCCACUGUACAAGUAACAAAAUGUUAAGUAAUUGUGUAUUUAUGUCGUAAUGUAAUGCUUGUGUUCGAUUUGUAUACUCUUAAGUAGGGUCAGUUUAAACAGUUGGCGGCGAAAGUUUUUCAUUUUCAAUUUUGUAUACACGUUUGUAUGAGUACAUAACAUAUAUGGUAUAUUAACUCGUACAUGCGUAUGUGGUAUACACAAAGUAAUAAGUAGGGUUACAUGUAUGUAUAUUUUAUUAAAUGCCUCACUACAUUGUACGUUUAAUUUAUAUAUGUAUUCACUAAUAUAUGUACAUUUUUACAUAUAUUUGCCCCACAAUAUAAAAACCACCGAUUAUAAACAAUAUUCAUAAUAUAUUUACAUAUUAUUUUAUUAUUUUUGUAUUUGUAAGUAUUUUUGUGUGCCCAUGUUAAGUAACACCUUUCUAAUAAGAAAACGUUCAUAUAUCUAUACGUUUCUAUAAAAAUGUAUAUACGGUCAUGACGGUUAUAUAAGUGACUUUCGCUGUCGACUGGUCUGAGCAUGGUUCCCCUCGAUUGGACCACCGAGGUAUGUUAAUUUUUACGCAACCGACCAGGUACAAGCCGAGAUACGCUUAGCGAGACUUGAAUGGCAAAUGGCGCAAUCGCCAUGUACCAAUUCCGCAACAUGUCGUAAGCGUAAGCUGUAUAUAUUUUUUGGAAAUGUCAGAGUGCCA